UUUUUGUUGUAGAUGUUGAAAUUCAGCAGUACUAUAAUUUGGAGGUUAGGAACUAGGUCCACCAUAAGAAAAUACUCUAGCACAGGUGCUGCAGUGUUUAAAACUGACAAAAUAGACACCAAAGGACUCACUAGCAACAACACUAAGUCCACGGUAGACGAUGAUAAGGACAGUUCAGUGUAUGGAAGCUUAAGAUCCGUCUCAGUGCCUACGCUUGGGAAAAGAAAUAAUGUGCUGUUUAACAAGCAACUGAGAAAUUAUGUUUAUAGUGAGGAUUACCGUCUUGUAGCAGCAGCCUUUGCUAGUCUUAACUCCCCAGAAUCAGACGACCUGAGAAAGCCUAGCCCCAAGUCUGUCAAGCAGAAUCGGCAACAACUGCUAGACACACAAAUCUUGAAAGCCACUGAUGUCAACAGCUUACUCUUGGUCGCUGAACAGCCUAUUGUAUCCAGAAGACAUGCUUUAAAGAUGGUGUCGAUCCUCUCAGAAUGGUCAAGCAGCAACAAAGUGAAGCUCUCAGACUUUGAAAAAGACCCUCGAUUUCUAAAACUAUGCCGUAUCUUAGCGAGGACACCCUCAUCGCAGACAAUGAGUUCUCUAACAAUGGCCGAAGACUUGAGCACUGUGCUAGGCAUCACUGGUGAUGAUGAGGCCGCUAGAUUAAUUAUGAACUUGUCUUUACCACAGAUGAUUAAGGUGAUGAAAGCACUUAACCAAAAAGGCCGCCGUAGCACACCACUCCUGCGUGCUCUCUCCCACAACAUCACGAAGCAGUCGGACGUUAUAGACUUAAAGAAGUCAGCGGAUCUGCUGUAUUGCAUGGCGGCACUUAACUUCCCUGAUCCCGUUCUAUUAGAUAGAAUAUGCAAUGACGUCAUAGAAUGCCUGCCUUCAAAUCAAGAUAAACCAGCUGUUGUGAACUCCAUUCUGGUCUCCCUGGGCCUGUUAAAGUAUCGGCACGAGGUUUGUCUGACGGGUCUGGUGGACUGGUUGCAAAAGCAUAAGGAUAUUUGGCGAGUAAGCGAUGUGGCGUCGGCUGUUGUCACUUUGGCUACUUUGGAUUUUGUGCCGCCACACAGCGAGGUUCUUUUCGAGUGGGCUGUGGCUCUCAAGGAAGAAGAGAUGGUGAAGUCAUCGAUGUGGCUGGACCUGGUGUUCUCUCUACUGAUACUGAACAAAGCGACGCAGCAUCACCUCGCGUCCACAUUGAAGCCGGAGUUUAUCGACAAACUGCUGUCGGCUGGAGAGAUCCCGAUACCCGCCCGGCGCAAGUUGAUGGCUAUCGACGCGUGGGUGGGCCUGACAGCGCCGUCGUCUGUACGUCUGCCCGAGGACGUUUCCGUGGGCGUGCCCGUGGUUUACACCAAGGAGAAGGCCUCGUACGUGCACAGCAUCUUGGACACCUUCAAGAGUCUGGUCUCCGCCGACACCUUCUUCAGGAGGGACUGCAACUCGGGCAUGGGCUUUUUGUAUGAUGCCGAAUUUGCUGUUGAUGCCAAGUGCCAUCCGGUUCCCUUAGAAAAAGCGGACAAAAAUAAAAAUAUAUUCAGGAUAGCAGUGUUAGGUCUGGACUAUCACGAUAUGACGCGCAAGACGACCGUGCCUCUAGGGGUCAAUCAGCUCUACACGAGAUUACUACAACUAAAGGGCUUCAAAGUUCUCCAAAUUCCAUACACAGAAUUCAAUCCAAAAGAGAAAUUAGUGACACGAGUACAAUACAUCGAGAAGAAAUUAAAAGAACUUAUCAAGGCCGUUUGACAACCGCUUACUAAGCCGGCCAAAGCGGCUAAUAAGGCUAAAGUGGCUAAAAAGGUCAAAGAGGCCAGAAUGGCCAAACCAGCCAAGCCGGCGAAGAAACAGUGAGAUAGUAUGGACUUGUAUUUAUACAAACAGUGAAUUAGAUUAAUUUAUAUUUUCGAAUGUUGGUAAAUGUGCUUAGGUUUUUACUGUGAAUGACGUUAGCUCCAAUUUCCAACAACUAUACUAAGUAUUCAGUUUUUUUCGAUCGACAUAUUCUGUUAAACUAAUUUUUGUAUUCGAUGAGGGUCAAUUCUCCAAAUUGCGAAGUGUAUCGAAUUCCUGAGGAUGUAUGACGCGUACAUCAUUUUGCUCUUGGAAUGUGUUCUGACCAGGGGAGAGCAAGCACCCGGGUUUUAACCUUUGUUGUUGUUAAUCUAAGUCUGGUUAAGUCCGAAAUCGAGGGCAAAAACUAUUUACAACUAAAUAUUUGUAAAUCGAUUUUUUUUCAAAUGUAAUGAGGUUAUUACGCAAUGUUUAUUGCUUGCUUAUAUUAUUUUGUCUUUCUAUUGAAUCGAUUCGCUUGAAAAUCGCAUUGAAUUGAAUCGAUACAAAGACUCGUUAUCGUACACUUGAAUCGAUUUUCAUAAAAAUCGAAUGUGCAUUCCUAAUAGUAAGUGAGAAUCCAAAGGCUAGCAAGGAGGGUAUUGAGUGGAAUUCGUUUAAAAAAGAUUUUUUAUAUGGAAAUUACUAAUAAGUAUGGAAUUUCGCAAUAGCAAAUUCCGUAUUCGCCUUUUCUGCCCACAAUUUUGGGCGUUUUGGUUAAAAUUCCGGGCAUUGUUUGGGUUUUAACACACUGCCCACCUCUGGCUCGUACGGUACUUAUCUGGGUGCGGUUAUUUGCACGGAUUGGUUUGGUGGUUUCAAUUGUUGUGUCUGAGCCAACAAGUAGAGCUGCGAAGAUUUUGCAAUACAUGUUUGGUUAGGUAAUACUCGUAUUUUGAUGUAUCUGUUUGGAUUCUAUUAAGUACGUUCUUGGAUGUAUUAUUUUUCUAAUGGGGCUGACAUGUUCAAUAAUUAUCAAAAUAAAUAAAGGGUUAAAAAAAGGAUUCAGUUUAAAAAAUGUUGUUUAUUAUAAAUAUGAAAGUUGUUUAGACCAGCUGGGCUGCGUUUGGCAAGUUAGAUGACAUUCUCAAAUCAUAUAAGAUUCAGACAGUGCCUGAAGACCCGCUUGUUUAAUCAAUGUGUUGCACCCACCAUGACGUAUGGUGCCGAGACAAGGACGCUCACGCAGGAGACUGUAUACAAGUCGAGAGUUGCACAGAGGGUCAUGCAGCGCGCCAUGCUUGGCAUCAGCCUUGUGGUUAGAGCUCCGAACGUUGAGAUCCGACGACGGACGAAAGUCCAGGAUGCUGGAACUCGGAUCAUGGAACUCAAACGGUCGGGACACAUAGCAAGGCGAGGUGAUAGCAGGUGGUGAAAGACGUCGAUUGGUUGGUGGCCAGUUCCAAGGUGGGUCGACGACAUAGUACGCGUCGCGGGGCGUCAAUGCUAGUACAGGACAGGACAGGAGAUGGCUCCUCGUGAGUUAAUCCAGUCCAUUUCCAUUUUUAUCUACCAUCACCCCCAAAUCCUGUAUCUCAUCUACCGUCCAUAAUUUUUGUCCAACAAUUUUAUAUUCAUAUGACUCCAGUUUGCUGCGUGAAAAACCAAUAUAGUGACAUUUACCGAUAUUUAGUAUCAUUUUGUGAGACAAGCACCAAUUAUGUAAAUUAUUAAUAACUUCUAAGACACCAGCAGAAAGGUACAUACAUGCUUGAAAAAUAUAGGAUCAAAUGAGACCCUGAGAAACCCCGGAUAGAACAACAAAAGCAUUUGAACAAAAACCAUUAACAAUUACUUUAGAACGCCGACAAAACAAGUAAGAUUUGACCACAUUUGACCCAUUCAAGCAAUGACCCUUCAUUGCCCAGAAUCGACAAUUAGUUUAAUACGAUUUGAUGGUCAACCUUGUCGAAUGCUUACUGUGUACUGUUGUAGUAGCAGACCUCCUUGUGAAAGAGUUCGACCAAGAAAGUACUGCCACCUUACCUAUUUCUGCCGCCAAGCAGUAAUGUGAGCAUUACUGCGUUCCGGUUUGGAAGGGUAAGGGUGCUGGUGAAAUUACAGGC